UGAGCAAUGGAGGGAAUUACAUGGGCGCCAAAGAUCCUAAUAAUUCCACUUCGAAUUAACGAGUACGGGGCUAUAAAUACUCCCGAUCCCCAUGACCAUCUCCUCGCUCACCAGUACGUUCUCUCUCCCGAUCCCCAUUGGCAUCUCCUCAUUUGACAUGGCUGCUCGCUCGGGGUGGAUCAACUGGGAUGCCCUCGGGGAGGAGCCGGAGGAGGAUGCUGCAGGGUUGAACUACGACUACGAGUUCGUCGUGAUUGAUCCAGAGGAAGAAGAGGAUGAAGUCACGGCGUCGUCCGAUCGGCGCUGCGGCGGCAGGCUUGGCCUGGCCGGAGGAGUUAGAUCAGGGCGCGGCCAUGGACGCGCGCCAUCCCAUGUCCACGGCGUACACGAUGGUGGUCACCACGACGCACGACACGCAGUUCACGUCAACGGCCAGGUAUCGCUGAUGAAUUCCCGCCACGGACUCGCGCACCGAGUGAGGUCCAUUGUCAACCGCGCGACGGUACCUUUUCCUGGUGAAGGAAGCAGUCGUGGGCGAGCUCCUCGCGUCGGGCUAUCUGGACGCAAGCGUGUGCCAGCCCCUGUGACACAAUGGCUUCCUCAACAUGUUCCAAGCGAAGGUAAUCUUCUGCUCGAAUUUGUUCAGAUCAUAGCUUAA